AUGUCCGCUCAACAUAACAUCCAUGUCGCUCAAAUGAAUAGUAACAAUAUCAAGCAUCGUUUACUUGGUUGGAUUAUCGACUUAUCGUGUGGUAAUAUUUUUUUAUUGUGCUUUAUCGUGAUACUCAUCUUUUGUGCUCCGACAUGGAUACGUAGUUAUACUAUCAGGCAUUCCAAGAUGAACCUCAAACGACGGGCCCGUCUUAUCAACAAGUUUGAUCUGGUUGAACGUUCCGCCCUUCCAUCAGUGCAGCCGUCUUAUGGCGAUCUUUUAAAACGACUACACGACCAGAAACAACAGCUUGAACAAUUUCCACGUGUUUUACCACCUAUGCAGGCUUUAUCAGCGACCCAACCCGCUAUUUCUUAA